CCCCUUUCUGGCCGCGGCAAUAUACGCGCGUUCACCCGCCAGUGGAGCUCCAUCUAAGGAACGAGCACAUUCCUAGUCUGCCUCCACACACCGACAAGCACACAAUCCAUCCGACAUGGCCGACCAACUAACAGAGGAGCAGAUUGCAGAGUUCAAGGAGGCCUUCUCCUUAUUCGACAAGGAUGGCGACGGCACCAUCACCACCAAAGAACUUGGCACCGUCAUGAGGUCGCUGGGACAGAACCCCACAGAGGCUGAGCUGCAGGACAUGAUCAAUGAGGUGGACGCUGACGGUAAUGGAACCAUUGACUUCCCAGAGUUUUUGACCAUGAUGGCAAGGAAAAUGAAGGACACAGACAGCGAGGAGGAAAUUCGUGAGGCCUUUCGGGUAUUUGAUAAGGAUGGAAACGGCUACAUCAGCGCCGCAGAGCUUCGUCACGUCAUGACGAACCUGGGCGAGAAGCUAACGGACGAGGAGGUGGACGAGAUGAUCAGAGAAGCAGACAUUGACGGAGACGGUCAGGUCAACUACGAAGAGUUUGUACAGAUGAUGACUGCAAAGUGAAGCUUGCCCACCCUAUUCUGUUCCCUCUUAGAAGAAAAAAGAAAAAAAAUGGGAAAAAAAAUCCAAAUGUUUUACUUACCUCUUGGAGAAAAAAAAAAAGUUCAUUUAUUCAUACUGUUUCUGUAUAGAAAAUAAUUGAAUGUUGAAAUACAAUAUCCUUCUGUCCACACAGGGAAAUAAAAAAAAAAAAUAGACAAAAAUAUCUGCAUGAAAAAGAUGGUUAGUGAUCCUUCCCCUCCCUUCCCUCCUCCCCUUCCUUCCUCUGGAAAUCAAUUUAGCAUCAGUACUGAUCAAAUAAUAACAUCCACCCUGUAACGACUACUUUCAGACUUAAGCAAAGAAGUUGGUGUCCAGUUCCGUUUGCUCGUGGUAAAUGUCCGGGCUGGUCAUUUCCGCUAUAUCUCUCUUUUUCUGUUCUUUGUGCAUGCAAGCUUGAGACCGGAGCACAUACAAACACCCCCCGUCUCCCCCUCCCCCCAUAUUCCUCCCACCUAAAUCUCCUCUGGGCUACUAGAGUGUGCUGUUUCCACCAUAGAGCCCCGGACGUCACAUGACUAUUCCCGUUUACCACAGUGGCAGUAAAGUAGCGCCGGCACGCCUUGCCAUGGAAUGAUUUCUAUAAUUUUCUCUGUCGAGUUUGCAUUAGCUUAGCAGGUUACAAAUUUAGCGUUCAGGCGUGUGUACUUAUAAUAAUUGCACGGGCGGCUGUUUAGUCGGCAACAUUUCGGUCGAUUAGAUUUUUUAUUGCAACGGUGGCGCACUCUUUCACCAUCAUUGAAAAGUAACAAAUAUUUUAUGACUGCUGUCCAUUUACAACAUGUUGGUUCUUGUUAAUGGUAGUCUGUAGAGUGCUCGUCACUUUUUCUUUUUUUUUUGCUGUCUACCAUUUUCAAAUUGUGGCUUUUGCGUUUACUCAAAAAGGAGUGACAUGCUUUCUAUACUGCCAAAGCAGCUUUGUUUACAUUUAGCGCAGUGCAUUGUGGGAUACGUGACGUCAACGUCCGGGGCUCUAUACGCUGUUCUCUUGAUGGUUUGGUACAGUUUUUUUGUAUUUGGAGAGGAACCCUGUAAUGUUAAGAUGAGAGAAUAUUCCAGGAUCUGUCUCAUUAAACAUAAAGUAAAAUGGGACUUAAUUGUUUGCCAGUUUAAAAUUGAAAAAAAAAAAGUGUAAAAAAAAGAAAAAAAAGAAAACAAAAACAUUUUGGCAUGUUUUUUUGUUUUUUGGGGGGGGUUAUAUGGAUGACCAUCUUAGUAGUCGUGUGUCCUGCCCUUUAAAAGGAGGAGGCGGGGGGGACUUCAAGAGUCUUACAGUGAGCUUUCUUUCUUUGAUUUGUUUUUCUUUUUCAUUCUUUCGCUGAGAUGGAGUGUCUGUCCUGUUUUCUUGCAAGAGAAUCACUGGCCUUCACUUUUUUUUUUCUCUUCUGUUUCUCGACUCGGACGGGCGAGCGGCAUGCUGUGUUGACGGCGCACGCUGUUGAGCAUGCCGCCGCUCUACAUCCGAGUUCAGUUUACAUUCAUUCCAAGUUGUACAUGCUAUAGUUUUUUUUUGUUUUUGUUUUUUUUUUUCAAAUAAAAACCAUGAACUUUA